AUGCGUAGUAGCGUUCUUCUCCCGCAGUUCUUACUGCCACCGUCCGCUAUUCAGCUAGGACGUUUCGUCACCAAUGUUGACGAACCUCAUCGAGAUUACCUUGAUCCGAAACCAAUCAAGGAUUUCCGCGUUAUCGAAAAAGUUGCAAAACAGUACGACGGCGCCGACUCUCUUAUGGCACAACGCAAAUUUGUUUCUGACCUUACCGCCUUCCUCUCCUCCACGGCGUCAAGACGCACGAAUGCCUCGAUUCAUAUCAAUACCAAAGAAGUAAAGACCUAUUACUUGGACAAUAAUGGGCAGUGGUUUCGAGAGAUUGUGAAGUCAGAAGAUGUUCGCAAGUGGAUCGAGCGUGUUAUCGAUGAGGGAGAGGAUAUUUACGUUGUGGUUGGUUAUCAUACCAUCUUAGACGCUCAUAUUGCCGAGCAGUCGCGAGAACAGAAGCUUCUAAAUGGAAACGUGGCUUUGCCACUCUCCAGUGCACUAUUAGCAUCGGGAGCUAUCGUGCCAUUCGGUGAUCUAGCCGACCCUAGACUAGCCGGCUCUAGUGGGCGCGCGGAAAGCUUGCAACGACAGUUUGUGGCUCAAGGCGAGCAAAUCAUGGCGGUUCAAUAUCGCAAGGUCCGAUUUCGGUUUCUGUCAAGUAAAUCCAUUGACAAAGCAACGCUUGCUAAAGAGCCGAGAUGGGAGAGAUAUGACCGCCCACGUUACCUUCAGAGCGAUAUGGAAGACAUGGUAGAGGUCGCACUGGAGGAUGAUCUGUCACUUGAAGGUGAACGUGACAAGCUUACAGGAUCGGAGGAAAUUAUCUUCUCACCUGGUGAGGUUGACUUAUGA